AUGAAUUGGGGAUUAAAGAAGGAAGGAAAUAACCCACUUCCGAAUCUUGGAGCAAAAUCAUUUUCCUUUUCGAAAGAUAAACUUGUAGCUCCACUUAAAGCAAAAGAUAAUCCAAUAUCAUAUCAUUUUGGUACAGGAGUAACUUUUACAUCAUCGAUGGAUCCUAAAAAGCCAUUCGAAGCUGCAUCAUUCAAUUUUCAAUCACCUGUAAAUGGUUUAAAGUUAAAUGUUCGUCAAGCAUCAAAAGAAAAGGUAGAAAACAAUCCAAAUGAAGAAGGAGAUGAUUCACAAAUGGGAUAUGAAAAUACUUUUGAAGAAAAAGGCCCUAGUGGCGAAGAAAACGACGAAAUUUUAAUGGAUUGCAAAGCUAUGCUUCACGAAUUGGUUGUUGGAAAAAACAAGUCAUCCUCUUGGGCUGAGCGUGGCUCCGGUAAUUUGCACUUCAAUAAGUCAGAAGGAGGAUAUCGACUUACAAUGAGACGCCAGCAAUUGAAGACACCAUGCCUCAAUGCUAGAUUGUUCAAAGGAAUGCAUGUUGAGCCAGUAAAAACCAAUAAAAUUAAAUUUAAUGCAGUCAAAAUCGAAAAAGAUCAACAAACAUUGGCUACAUAUUUACUUACCGUUAAUACAGCCGAUAGAGAUCCAUUACUUACAAAAAUCCAAGAUGCUCUUAAAACACUCUAA